UAAAUUCACAUUACCAGCUUACUAGUUUGUUUUAACAACUUAAUACUAUUUUCGUAAUUGUUUCCAACAUUGAUCAUGGGUAAGAGAAAUAUUUAAGUAUACCAAUAUUUGUAUUUUCUAUUACUUCUCUACGUAGGUAUAAUAAGUUUUUUUUGGGUAGGUAUGUGCCGUAAUAUAUUAAUUUGAAUAUUAUUUAUCUAUUUUUUUUACUGAGUAAUAUCUGUUUCUAAGUUUGUUUUUUUUUUUUUUUUUAUGAAAUUUUACUUCUACAUUUUAAUUCCAAUAUGGUAUAUUAACUUAAUUACCUACCUUUACAGAUAUUGCUAAUUUGGCAUGAUUCGUCUAAUGUUAAUUUUAAGAAAUCACUUAACAACGUAUUUAAAUUUUGAAAUAUUAAAUUAAGUUAUUAGUUUCUAUUGUUUAUAGUUUUGAAAUUGCCUGUAUAAAAAAAACAAUUAUAGAUAGUUAAAAUUAUUAUUUAUCAAUAAUUUAAUCAAAUAUAAUUUUAGAUAUUUUAUCAAACCCAACAACUUCACAAUCAAAUGAAAAUCAAUAUUCAGAAGUAACAAUUCAUCAAAACCCUCAAGCCCAUCAUGCAUCUGGUGAAGAACCAACUGAACAUAGACCACCCCCAAAUUGGAGAACAAACAUUAGAAUGGAUGAAAAACUUACAAUCUGUCGUAAAUAUUAUAUUGCAGGAUUUUUCUUAUUGCCAUUAUUUUGGUUAGUAAACUUCACAUGGCACUAUAAAGAUGCUUAUCGAGCUGAACCAUUUGAAGAACAACCUCAAUUUAAACAUUAUGUUUUACGGUCAGGUAUUGGAUUCAUUUUUUGGACCGUGUCGAUUAUUAUUUGGGUGUUUUACUUUCAAACACAAAGAUAUUAUCAUGAUUGGGAUUUUUUAACUUUUAAUUUUCCUACUGGAUCGGCUUAAAUGUAUUUGUUAUACUAUUAAUUUAAUAUUUUGAUUUUUAAUCGUUAAUGUACCUACUCAUAAUAUAAAACAUCAAUUUUUAUAUGGUUUUUAUAACAACAAAUAUUAUUAAUUCAAUAUAAUUUUAUUUUAUUUUUUAUUUAU